UGGUUGUAUCCCCGCAUCAUCUUUGCCUCGCCCUCAAUCCUUCACGUCGUGAGGCCUCAAGGAACAGUCCCAUUUGUCAACAUGGCGGAGCAGAAUCAGCAACCAGGGAUCGAGAUUGACCCUGCCGUAGUUAGCGCAGAUGACAAUGUUUCUACCGGCGAUGAGGAAAGUGUUCGCGAAUCAACUGCAUCCCUUUCAUCCAGUAUUUGGGAAUAUCGAACCGUGCAAGGAAGAACCUACCAGGCUUCCAAGUCAACUGAAUACUGGGCGCCCAAUGAUGAAAAGCACAUAGAGGCUUUUGAUGUCGCACAUCAAUGGCUCACCAUGAUGCUGGAUGACGAAUUAUACGCCGCCCCUAUUGGCGACAAUCCCCAGCGCAUCUUGGAUGUUGGCACGGGAACAGGCAUUUGGGCGAUUGACAUGGGAGAUAAGUUUCCCUCAGCUGCAGUCACUGGUAUCGAUAUUUCCCCAAUGCAGCCAUCCUGGGUGCCCCCGAAUGUCUCAUUCCAGAUUGAUGAUGCUCAGUUGGACUGGACGUUUGAGCCAGAGUCUUUCGACUUCAUCCAUGUUCGUUACAUGCACGGGGCCAUCGAGGACUGGGAAAAGCUAUACCGUCAAAUGUUUGCGUUUCUGAAACCCGGCGGCUGGUUCCAGCACAUUGAGCCUGACAUCCAACUACGCUGCAACAACCCGACUUGCACAAAAGAGAACGAGACGUUCAAGAAAUGGGCCCAGCUAUUCUACGACGCUGGCGACAAGCUAGGCCGCACCUUCAGGUGCACCGAUGGAAUGAUGGAGAAGUUUGCCUCGGAAGCCGGCUUUGGCAAAAUCACCAAAAAAGUCUUCACCAUUCCGCACAGCGCGUGGCCGAAAGACCAGAAACUCAAGAAGCAGGGGCAGUACGUCGGGCUCUACAUGGACUUGAGUUUGGAUGGUUUCGCCUUGUAUCCCAUCGGGCAGAUCCUGGGCUGGAGCUUCGAGGAGGUGCAGGUGCUUGUCGCCGAGAUGCGCAAUGCCAUCCGUAACCCGAAGAAUCUGACCUGCAGCGAUAUGCAUAUGGUGUACGGCCAAAAACCAGAGAAAUCUACUUAACAAGUCGGUAUGUGGAGGAUAGGGCGACAUAGCGGGAUAUACUUGAGCGAUCGCUUGUCCUGGCCACUUCUGAAAUAGAACCUGGAUCAGGUGGACUCGCGAUCUAUUCAUAGAAUUGCACUUUCCCACGUCAGGAUCGUGUUUGUCUUGCUUUGAAGCUAUCCACAUGU